AUGGCUGGCCGGCCGGCGGCUCAUCCAGAGGUUUUAUGCUCUCUGCAGCCAGGAAGGACCUCUGAAGUCAUCAUGAAGCCACCCCAUCAUGUAGCCCUCCUCCUAUUCUUUUGCACUUCUCUUCUACUAUGUGCCCUCACGCCGGUGAAGGCCAUCAUCUGGCGUGAAGCUGAAGCACUUGUGAAUUGGAAGGCUAGUUUGGCCGAUGCCGAUGAGUCCCUUGGAUCAUGGUCGAUCGCCAACUCCACCAGCCUUUGCAGGUGGACACACAUCACUUGCAACUCGGCCAGGCACAUCAGAGAGCUUGACCUUACUGAUGCAACUCUGAACGGCACACUUGACGACUUCGACUUCUCGGCCUUCCCCCACCUGGACAAACUCACCCUGUGCAAUAACAGUCUAUAUGGUACAAUUCCAGCAGGGAUUGGCAACCUGACGAGCUUAGUUGUGCUGCAGAUCGUCAGCAACCCGUCUUUGAGGGGUGCCAUUCCACGCAGCAUUUGGCAGCUGAAGCACCUUACUGUACUAGAGCUGGUACACUUGGGGCUCGAUGACACACUACCUGAAGAGGUCGGUAACUUGACGAUCUUGGAGGAGCUCGAUCUUGGCUCAGUUACUUUGACUGGAUCAAUCCCACUAACAAUGGGGAUGCUCAUGAAGCUCCGCUUUCUGAGUCUGGAAGGCAACAAUCUGACAGGAAGCAUCCCACUAGAGAUUGGAAACAUGACAGAACUGCAGGAAAUGCACUUCUCGGAUAACUACUUAGAAGGUCAGCUACCAGGUACGACCACUCAUUUGAGAAAACUCCAGGAUUUGUUUCUGUCGGACAAUCAGCUUGGAGGUCACAUCGUCCCCAAACUUGGUAAUAGCAGCCAUCUGGAUACAGUCGCCAUUGCACAUAACAACUUCACCGGGCCAUUCCCGUCCUCCAUUUGCAUAGGAGGAGCAUUGCGUAUUAUCAUUGCUGGAUACAAUGGAUUUACGAGCCUUCAUCGCCACAUCUUUCAAAACUGCACAGCCCUGCAGUCUGUUGACUUCACGGCAAACAACAUUGUUGCGGACCUAAAGGACUGUUUUGGCAUGGCGGGUAUCGACUUAUCUGGCAACUCUCUUUCGCAAGAGAUCCCAAAUGGUCUCACAACCCUUCUUGGACUCAGGUACCUGAACUUAUCAGGAAAUCACUUAUCAGGUUCUGUUCCGAGGGACAUUGGCAAUCUGGUACUGCUGGAAGCCUUGGACCUUUCUCAGAACCAACUCUCAGGGGAAAUUCCUCCAAGCUUUGUAGAUUUGAAGAGCAUGAGCACUCUGAACCUCUCCAGCAACGGGCUAUCAGGGAGGAUACCUAUGGGCAGUCAGCUGCAGACGCUCGUGGAUCCAUCGAUAUAUAGCAAUAAUCCAGGGCUAUGCGGUUUUCCUUUGAAGGACUGUGAACUCAUCAACGUCGAUAGAAAAUGGAACAACCCAUGCCGAAGAUAG